AUGUGCAUCUAUGGAUUCUCAUUGAUCUUGCUAGCUUACUACUAUAAGAAAAGAUCCAUGAACCUCUCAUUUCACAAACCAAAAAAAGAUCAAUGUGGUCUUUGCAAGUGUUACACAGAAGGAUCGGAAGAAGUAAAGGCCUAUUUGGAAAAGGAGUACUUUUCCCACAUUUUAGAAAAGGAAACGAUAAAUAAAUUCUGUGAAAAUACGGAUACCAACGAUGUGGACUCGGAUCUCGAGGACCCUGAACAGUUGCUCAACGAGUGGUUGGGGGAGUUGGAUAACCUUACUGGGGUAAGUGUCUUUAACAUUUUCUAG